UCACAAGAUGCUUGCUCAUUUCCACGUUGUACCAUCCCGUUCACAAAAGUAUCCGAAUAAACUGAUCUAUCAGCCUCAAAUGACGCCAAGGGAACAUUGGGGGUGUUCAGUUCAGCACACCAUUUCUGCGACACAGCAAGCAAAAAGUACAGUCAGCUCAGCCUCAAGAGGGAACCAACCAGACCGUUGCGAAAAUGAAAGUGAAGGAAUCCACUUCUUCUUAGACUUGGACUUUUGUACUGCCCGACCCAAGGUAGAUUGUUCCUCGUGGGAGGGAUCACCCGGGGGCCUACAACAGUGAUGCACGUGUCAGGCCACGAGGGGCCGGCAGUGAAGGCUGCUGCGAUGUGAUAUGAUGUCUGUUUGCGUUAUGACAUGUUGUUGUGUUUGUUUCUCGGAAGUACGCUGUUAUUGUAGAUUCCGAUGGGGGACGGGAUAGUUAUAAACACCGCAAAGACGAUUAACAACACAAGGCGGUGUAACAAAGAGAUUGAAGAAACAAAAAGGAUACAGAAGAUCAACAUGGCGAAUAGGUAGUGGCUCCGGAUGAUACAAGAGUCAGCUGCUUAUUGUGCUAUACUGUACAGAGUAUCUGCUAGGAGCAACCUUUUGUCAGCCACCCGCAGUCUCCCAGGCACAUCCAUGUCCCUCAUGUAAGAGACCAGUCAAAUCAUGGAACCAACUCUUUUCCUCUCUCACACAAGCAGCAGCAGUAGCAAGCGUCUUUUUUCUGUCUUCUGUUCUUGUCUCUUUGUGCCUUGUUUACCGUUGCCUUGUUCUUGUGCUCGUGCUUUUUUCCCCUUCCCCUUGAAUAAAUAAGAAGAUCCUCGUCUUUCUGCCCACUUCUUCGCCAAGUCUACCCCGGUCAACUCUGCCUGGCAUUGCCUUGCCUUGCCUUGCCUUACCUUUUGACUCAGGUAGUCUAGGUUGUCAUUGUCAUUUCAUUCAUCAGCUGGGCUCCAUUUCAUAUAAGGUAUUGGAUCCCAACCCAAACCUGACGGGACUUGAUCGGGUCUGUGCUACUGUGCACCUUUGCGACCUUUAUCGCCGUCUUUACUUUUUUAUUUCCCUCUGUUGUUCUGAAGAGUCUUGUCGAAUGCACCAUCGUCCUCGUUUACGGCAUCAUUACAACUUGUCCAUCUUGGAUAUCGAUAUCGACCCGCUGACCGCCAUCCACGUUUCCCCGCGAUCUGCCCUGGAUGUGAGCGCGCCUUCAUCGUGACAUUUUUUCUCGACAACCUCUCUUAUCACCUUCAUCUUUUACCUCACUAUUCGCCUUUUGCUAUUCAGCUAUGGCGGCCCCUCCAAGGACAGAAGCCCCGCCGGGCGCAACUUCGUCAACCCCGCCGCCUCCGGCUAUUGAGUAUUCGUAUAUGUAUGAGAAGGAUAAAAGCCCUUCGAAGUUAUUAGAUGCUCUAUUAAGAGCUAUUAGUCGUCAUAUUAUACUCGAGAUAGGCGAUAAAACCGUUUGUCACCUUACCCCGGAAAAGCUGGCCGCCUUCUACAAGGCUGUUGGAGGCGAUUAUGACUCUUUAUUUGAAAUGCCACACGAGUCCAUCUCAUACAUCUGGCAAGUUACUGGAUGUCAACACACACUACAACCAACCGACGAUGAUUUCGCACCACCUUCAAUACCUGCCCUCACCGCUCGAGGCUUCUCACGAUGGGAAUCUCUCGAGAUCCUUCUCGGUCCCGAGGAACACGUUCCUUUCUUACAGUUCGCUGUCAAGAACUGGCAGCUAAAACAUCCCGAGACCGGCCAAGACUUUCCAGCCGAACUACCUCCAACUGUAUUCCCAACGCAAGCCGACGCCGAGGUGGAUCGAUGGCAUAAGUCGUGCGCCGAGAAGUUACGAAAAGAAGCAAACGCUCGAGAGAGGGAGGCAUACAGAGAAGCACGAGAACCAACUGGGCCGGGUGAACCUCCGGAAGGACCAGAGCCCAAGUUCGCCUACUCCCACGUGAGAGGAAGUGCUUUUCCUGGAACCCGAGCCAGGCCUGAACGACCGUUGUACAAUCAUGUGCCGGGCAGACAUGCAGGAGGGCGACCAACCAGACCUUCGCCUGAGAGGUACAACAGCCGCUCUGAUGAACAUGCCCGAAGACGAAGCUUCUCCGAUUAUAACCAGCAACCUUCGCCAGACGUACCACCACAUGCACCGCAUGCGCCCCCGGGGUCUUAUCUCGACCCUCAUGCGAAGCGGCCCGCACCGCCUCGUCGACACAGUCAGCCCAGGCACUACUCUUCAGACUCAAGUGAUGAUGAGCCGGUUCCUCCUCGCGCAAAGAGAAGACCUGAAGCAAGCCCGCCUUCGCCGACGUCUCGUCGAUAUUCACCAACGAAUGAUCGCCCGCCUCCUGUUGCUAGCAACCCGCCCCCAACAUUCCGGCCCCAUCGCGCUGAUGGUAGAGCUUCAGACGAUUCCACCCGCCGAAGAUCAACACACAGCCCCAGCCUGCGAGAAAAGCUGACUGAAAAGGUCUCAAACAUUCUCCCCAACGGACUCAGCAGCAACCCAGAUCGUACCAGAAACCCACCUAGAGCCCCAUCCUACAACACCGACUCGUCCCGCGGACGCCGAAGCCGAGACCGACUUCCCCCAUCUCGACUCAGCAGAAGCUACUCCGACAUAUCAGGAGCUUCCUCAGAAGCAGAGUCCAGCGACGAAGAUUUCAAGCGAUCAAGACGAAUGCGCGAAGAGCGAGAUAGAGAAAGGGAACGAGACCGCGAGCGAGAACGAAUUCGCGACAGGGGUCGGCAGCGGGAACUCGACAGGGAAAGAGAAGAAGAAAGACGUGAUCGGUACCUGCGCCGACCAGACAUGGAGAGACGGACUAGCAGCCAUGCGGAUGCCGAGCGAAGACGCGACUAUCCCGGAUGGGAUCCGCGAUCUGAGAGGAAAAGAUGGGAGAAGCGCAUGCCGCCUGAUGAGCGGGGGACCAGUCCCCUUGGGGUUUCUGGGAGACGGUAUGCUGAGCCGGCGUACCCUUAAUCUGGGUUAUGGAUUUAAUACCGAGAUUGGUAUGCAUUUCAAGUGUUGAGCACUGAGAGCGAUAUUGAGCAUUUUGGGUUUCCAUAUGGAUCUAUCUUGGAUAUAACGAGAUAUAGGGUUUGCAGAAUAUGGCGUCUGGAUAGACUGAGGGAGAUAAUGACUGUGAAUACAUAUACUCCAAGGAGCAACAAGCAUUUAUUUUUACUAAGUUUGGCAUUUUAUCUGACAGAGCAAGGUUCUUAUACAACUUCAACUGUAGCUUUGUUUCUCGUUACCAUUACCAAAACAGCUCUGACAACAAAACAGCCUCCUCCACUGAGCAACCCCACGAUUACGCCAUGGCUCCAUUAAAGUGCCGCGAUCACGGUAGCUAAGCCGGUCCAGAGCGGGCUUCUCCCGGGGUUAUAAGCUACAAGGGUUCCUCAGAGCCUGGCCCCUCAUCAAGCUCAACCAAAAUCCCAAAACCCCUCUCACUAGGCGAGCCA